ACGCGCCAGGUUGACAAGCACCUCCCAUGGCGAGGCCAUGGAUAAUUCUGACACUACUUCUAACCUUCUCGACGAUGAUAUACUUGACUGGAAUACUAUAGCAAUUAUUGACUCGGCCGCCAGCAGCUAUGGCUCAGGCUUUCAAGCUAGUCUUCCAAUACCUUCACAGCUUGAUGAUGAAGUUGCAAGCUUGAAGUCAAAUAGAAGCGAUGGUUCAUUGGUAGAUCCUCAGGUUCUACCCCCAGAGCUUGCAAAUAAUGGUGAUACUCGCGCUUUUAGAGAAAACGCGUCUCCUGCAUUCAUAGAUAGCGAAGCCUCACUGAUCCCGAAAGGCGAGGCUCACGAGCCUCGAGUCACUUCUAUUUUGGACGCGCAACUCUACCAGGGGGGACAGCCAUGUCCCCCAAAUCUUCAAAAUAAAGUGAGAUAUGGUGAUCCUGCGUGCUCAUCUCAAGUGUUAGAUGUGGCCAAAAUGGUAUCAACUUGUGUAAAAUCAGAAAUGCUAUCUCAGCAUUUCCCUUCAACACGGGCCUCUUCGAAUUCGCAAGAAUCGCUGACGCGUACAGACUCAGCCGCGGGGUCGACUAUUUCCUCAAAUGCAUCAGAAGGUCAACAACUGUCUAGUGUUCCGCCUUUGCAAAAGCGAAGCUUCACAGCGUCGAACGCGGAAAGCCAGGGUACCUCCAAACGCCGCAAGGUGUUUUCAACAGAAGCAGUUGAACGGAGAUUGACCAAUAUUCACAUUGGCCUUCAGCAAAGAGAAGAGGACGACUUUCAGAGACCGAUAGUGCGUUGCAGGUUCAAUGUCUGUUCGAUGAUGUCCCGGGAAGACGUCUAUUACCAUUAUCGAUCAAUGAACUCCAAUACGCGCGAAGCGUGGAAGAAUCCAUUGCUUUUUCUGCUAGCAAUCCCGGGGAGAUUAAGAGCGUGGAAAGCAAAAAUGCCGAUCAGAAGCCGGAGCGGGAAACUACCGGGGUCUGCGACCGUCCAUGUCCUAUCUGUGCACCUCCCUUUGCUCCCUCUACCAAGAUUGACCGAUUCCUCUCUCAAUUUCCGGGGUUCAAGUAUAAGCAAUAUGUUCCUGCUGGUCAGGAGUUUAAACGCUUGCAGCAGUUUUACGGCAGACGGUGGUCACAGCAGAGGCAUCGACAGGUUUCCGAGCAAUUCAGGAAUAUCAUGGUUGAGCAAUUCAAUGACGAUUACGGUGUGGACGAGAAUAGGCUCCAGUCCUGGCAAUACCUGUGUGCCGUACUCUGCGUGUGGCCAAUACCUGACACGGUCUCUGAAUGCAGAGAGGUUAUCCGUUCAAUAUACGUCAACCUUGUUGAUUUACUCGAAUAUCAUCGUUCAGGUCGACCUGUACCCACCUUCACCACACUUUCCCAAUUGCAGCAUUACACCAAAGCCACCAGAAAAUUCUUCCCUAGAGAAGAAGCCAAAGCGGGCGGCAUUCUUAAGUUCUUGUUGCGUCACAUCUUCUAGCUCUAGAGAUACCAGUGUGGAACAGAUUUGGUUACCUCGGUUGUCUUAUUUACACGGACCUCAUCAUUCAACACUUUGUACUGUAUCGAAGGGUUCCUCUCGUUUACCGUCCCCUUCCAUACCCCAAUCUAACCCAGAAAUUCACCCGCGAGCAUAUCUAUCGUUUUCUACCGGCUGGAGGAAUUGCUCAUGUCGUUGGCGACUUCGCGUCUUCACUUAGUGGCAAGCGAAACUCAGACUAUAAAUGUUGUCUAUCUAAGCCAUCAGUAUGAACAUGUUUUUGAGUCCCAG